UGCUGCAGCUGGCGACGAAGUUCAUCAAACUCAUGCCCCAUGUCUAAUUAUUGAUACCCACGUUUUAUCUUCAUUUCUUGUACCAACCGUUCGACUGCCCAAUUCUUCAUUGUUCUGUACACGCAACGGACCAACCAAGCUAGCGACCAUGUCGCAGAAAGACAUGCGGCUACGCCUUGUGGUGUGCCGCAACAGCCUGCCCGAUACCAACGUCGUCUGGAGUGUGUCCCUCGAGACGAACCCGACCAUCGCCAAACUGCUCGAGCAGGUCAACGACAUCUUCCCACUGGAAAGCGGCGAAUGGGGCCUCGAGGACUACGCCGUCGAAUUGCGAGAUGCAAGCGGCUCAAGCUUUGAGUGUUUGCACUUCCAGCCUAUACGAGGUGUGCUCAAGGAGGAUGACCAAGUUUUCAUUCGCCCACUUUUCACGGACGACCUUCGACGGCGCAGAGUCGGCGGCCGUCUUCAGAUCUCGACCGAUGGAAAACACCUCAUAGACGGCAUUGCCUUCGGGAGGCCACUGCUGAAGACACCCAGAGGCCGACCGGCUCUCGAUAUUCCUCCACGCAAGAGAAGACGUAUUGCACAGGACGAAGAGGAGGAACAAGAUGAAGAUGACGAAGGCGAUGGGGACUUUGAACCUGCAGAUGAUGAGCAAAUGUUACUCCUUACUAAUGGCGAGGAGGAGAGCGGGGAUGAAUACCCCAGCAGUGUAAGGAUCGGCGCGCUCUUUGACAAUAUAGACGCCGACGAGGACGAUGCCGACGCUGAGAUGGACGAUGAAGCGGAUGACCAAGACUUCGAAACUGAGGGAGUACAGCAGGAGACGAGUGAAGAGUCUGGCUCCGACGAGGACCUGGACGAUGACGACAUGCUCGACGGAGAAGAGGAAGAGGACCUCGAAGAAGAGCUGCGUCACCUGCAGAAUGAGAGUGCUGCCCUGGGCGAAUUUGAGGAGGAGCCACCGGUCGCUGCAUCUAGAGCGUCAACCCGACGGGCUUCAGGCUUGGACCUUAAGACGUUGGAUAAGAUUGGUGCUUUACGCGCGGCCUUUCCUUCAGCACCGAGCUUUGUUUGUGAGAAGAUACUGGGGAAUUGCGAGGGAGACCUGAAAGCCGCUUACUCGACCCUGGUUGAAGGCUUUACUCCUAAUUUGCCCGAGUCAGCUUUGAUGGCCCGGCCUCAGAAAGGGGCAAUGAAGGUCCAUUCAGAAGACGGAGAAGCUGCGAGCUCGCGUGCAGCCAAGCAGAAGGCACCCGGCACUGUAUCGAAAAGCAGCCAGUCUAAAAUGUCGGCCCCCCAACCAGCAGCUGAUGACGAUGAAGAGGGGGGAUCGGAUGAGGAGGAAAUGGAAGGCGUACCUGACUUUGUCAAGCAGUUCGAUCACAAGGGUCUCCCCCCUGGCUCGAUUUCGUCUGGCACCGCGUUAAAAGCGAUGGCUAAGAUUUCCGGCUCGUUUAGAAGUAACCAGUUGAGCGGCGAGAGCCAGGCUACUUCGGAAGCCUUGGUGGGAAGUAAGCAGGGUUUCGAGGCUGCGAACAGAAACGACGACGAUGAAACGUCCAGCAGUGGUACCAGUUCAAGUUCGGAUGACGUUGAGGAAGACAGUGAUGAUUCUGACUCGUCAGAUGAGGAUGUAUCCUCGGGAAGCGACGAAGACCACGAGCAAGAUGACAACGGCGCCUCAAAUGCGUCCGAGGGAAACUCUGGAUCUGGGUCAGAUUCUUCAGAUGAUGACAGCAGUGACGAGAGCGAUAGUGGUCCCGAGGAGAUAACUGCAAAGGACGGGGGAUUCGUUCGAACCCGCAGGUCUGGGCAGGCAGACCAUGCGUCUUCGAGUAAGGGCGGCUCCGAGGCCAGCUCUAGCAGCGACGAUGAGUCGGAUGUUACUAAUGACACAUCGUCCUCCGAAGAAAGCUCGGAAGAUGACAGCAGUGACGCUGAAUCAAGUUCCGCUUCCGAAAGCGAAAAGGUUGUGGCUCACCAUUCGAAGAGCAGGGGAGCAGCAGCUUUGAAGGGAAUAGGCCAGGCUGAUUUGGCGCCAUCGAAAUCGCAAUCACUCUCCAUGGUCUGGACUCAACCGACCGUGCCUCCUGGAGAGGGUAAAUCAUCCACCAAGAGCCGCAACGCCCGGCGGCGUGCUCUGCUAAAGGCUAAGAAACUGGCCGCACAGGGCGAAGAGGUUUCUGUUGCUGACACAAGCAACGCGGACACCCUUGGUACAACAGUUGCUGCGUUCACCCAGGAAGACAAGAAACAACGCGACAAAGAGCUCUUUGAGGCCAGACGUCAAGCACUACUAGAUGCCAUAGCAAACGGUGGCGUGGAGGUGGGACCGGGCAGUCUAGCUCUAGAGGACCAGUCGAGUGUGUCUGAACUCAGCAACAAAAGGAAACGAGAUGGCGCAGCCUCCACCUCGGCUACAGAAGAGGUUACAUACACACAAUCGCCUGUGCAAGAGGGCGGAGAAGUGCCUGAGGCACAGAAGAGACGCCGCAUCGACCUGGGAGCUGGACGUCGCAUGCUGUUUGGUGCACUAGGCCUCCGAAACCCGAAGACUAAGGAGGACGAGGAGAAGUUGCGAACCAAACUCAUGAAGGACGUCAAACCGCAUGUGAACUUCAGACUGGAGCAAGAAAUUGCUGCAGACGCGCAAGACAGGUCCACCGAAACCAACGGGGAAGAGACGAGCUCCCAGCAACUGACGGAGGAAGACCCAGAUGCGUGGCGGGACAAAAUCACCUACCGAGCUGUAGAAUGCUGCCAGGAAGAUGUCGAGCUCAGCGAGCCACCGUUCCCGUUUGUUCAACGCUGGGACCCGCAGCAGCAGGGGGUUUGGUUCCAUCAAAACCAGAAGAAGAACAAACGCGGAGGCGCUGGCAAGAAGCGAGACCGCAAUCAAGCGCACUUCUACCAAGCCGGCACCAAGAGGAAACACCAUGAGUCUGCAGACUAUGACGAAGGGGAAUUGGACGAAGACACCGGCUAUGAUACCACAUUCAAUAGGGUUGGUGAAGAUACCACGGCCGAUAUUGAGCUCAACUACGACGAUGUCGAGCAAUCCACAUCUGACAAAGGCAAUGACGCUGCCGAAGCCAACCAGCUCACCGAUGUGGAAGACCUUCCUCCGCUUCCGAAAGAUCUCGCUUUACUCAAGGCGCUUCUCCCGGGAGAGGUACAGAAGGGCAUGGUCAUCACGUGGAAGCAGUUUGUUCUGUCUAAGGCGACUAACUGGCAACCCCAAGUAUCGGACUUGACCGGCGUAGUUGUGAGAAUUGACGACGAUGCCACUGGCCUGCAGGUUCUGCUUGCAAGACGCGACAGGGAUCUUGAUAGAACCGAGAAAUCCUUCGAUGACAACGGACGCAGGGUCUACGAAAAAUUCGAGGUACCGGACAUGGAGGACGACGAAGAGACCGGCGAGGCCGAUGAGGUUGAUGAAAUGGAGAGGCAAGGAUAUCGCACACUGGCUUUUGCUGACAUGAUGGACCCCAAGAUUUUGCAAGCGCCUUUGCAUCAAGAUGACACCAAUAAUGGGGAUGAGAGCAUGGUGAGGUCUAUUGAGGAGGAAGUUGCUGAAGCGGUGGUUGCUGACAGUCAACCUGAGGAUGUUAAGAUAGCUGAUAAUGGUCAGCCCGGCGCUGCCAAAGAGGCUGACGAUGGAUACGUCGAUGGAGAUACCUUUGAAGGGUUUGAAGGUUAGUGCCUCUCUAUAUCGCUAUUAAUAUGACUGUAAAUAUAUUUUAUCCGACGUGUAUCCCACUUUCUGUCUCUUUAAC